UCACAGAUGGACUCAACCGUGCCAUCAGGAUCUACCAAUGACGGUCCUGAAAACCUCAACUUGGAGAAUCUUCUCCUACGGGAGGAUAUCUUCCAAUCAUCGCUCAAUUCGGAAGAGUAUUUGGAAAGUCUUGCGCCAAUCAUUAAGGAUGCAAUUCGUGCCAAUGGACUUUCUUCAUUGAUUCAUAAACUCAAUGACAUUGUCAAGGAUAAGGAUGAAGAGCUCAACACCCUUUCAUUGAAUUCCACGCGUGAUAUCAACACAUGUAUCGACUCGAUUGAUAACAUUCAUCAAGAUUCUUCAGACUUAAAUAAAGAACUUCUGCAAAUUAGUAUUUCACUCAACAAGUCAGUAUUUGAACUUAUUGGGAAGAAGAAGACUCUAAUUAAAUGUAAAGAAAUCUCCAGUAAGAUUGGAGAAGCAAAUAUGGUUCUUAAUAUGUGUUUACAAGUACUUGAGAUUACCAACAAAAUCCAUGAAUUAAUCAAACAACACCGAUACUUCAGUGCCUUAAAGCUUAUAGACGAGUUAACAAGCAUCCAUUUACCCAAGGUGAGUAGUUUCAGUUUUGCAGUUAAGAUAUACGAUUCUGUACCUCAUUUAACUCGAAUGAUUCAAGAUGAAUCUUUUGAUAAUUUGGGGAAAUGGUUAGCAGUGAAUUUAGAAAGGAAACUUUUAGCCAUUGGUGAGGGAGCUUUCGAUAAUGUAUACUCAUUACAAGAACAUUGGGAUCAGUUUAAGAAGGAGAAAACUCUGGCCACAUCUGCUGUAUAUGCUCCACAUAAAUUGAAUUCUCCAAUUGAAUUAUCUAUUAGAGAACCUUCAUUAAAUUAUAAUGUAUUUGAAGAUCAAGCACUUCAGAUUUCCCUCACUACAUUAUAUGACGCCAUAUUGGUGUAUCAAACAUUGGGAGAAGAAGAACUCUUAUCAAAACUAUAUUAUAAGGAAUGGUUAAAGAAAUAUAAUCGGAUCAUUUAUCCAAUAACAUCAUCAACUACAUCAGCAGUCACUAAUACAGUUUCAUUCUCAAACAUGGCCAAUUUGGACGAAUAUCUUAAGAAAAUAAGUGGGUUCUUUGUGAUGGAUAAACAAAUAAAUCGAGCCACUAAAUAUCGUUUAAGAACUGAAGCCAAUUCAAAUGACCUUUGGGAUUCAUAUUCUAUUAAAUUAAAACCUGUUCUAUUAAACUAUUUGAAGGUGAAUCAACUUGAUAUAGAUGAUUUAACAAGUUUUAAAGAUUUAAUUGGGAAUUUCUUGCAAGUGAUGGAAAGUAAUGGAUAUAAGGUGAUAGAUAUGUAUGAAGUUUUGAUGGUUAUCUUUAAGGAAUACUAUGCACCGGAAUUAAUUGCUCAAUUCAGGAUUGAAUUCCUUGAAUCAAUUCAAUCUGAUCAUUAUAUGCCACUUGUUGUUCAGGAUGAAAAGGAUUAUGAAAAUGUCAUGAAGAUUUGUUGGUAUAAGCCGGGAUCAUCAUUCUCACCUCAGAACGUUCGAUCAAUGCCAAUAAGUUUCCCCUUUAGUGAGGAUUACGUUCAUUACUGUCUUGGGGUAAGGUCUCUUCUUGAAGAUAUUAUCCAAUUCAUUAGUCGUCAUUAUGGAUAUGAAUUGAAUCAACUCAAUAAUAUCAUUGUCAAUGAUAUUUUUGAACAAGUUUUGGGUGAAGAAAAGGGAACUGGGAUCAGUUAUGAUUUGAAAGAGUUUAUUGGAAGAAAUUCAAAUAAUAAAGAAAUUGUUUCUCAAAGUUAUACAAACUUGGAAUAUUAUCUAUACAGUCUUUACGAAGUUGGAAAGCUUUUAAAUCGAAGACUUCGUAUACAUACCGGGUUAGGUAUUCAUAACAUUGAUUCAAAUGGGAAAUUUACACUUCGAGCAGUGGAAUCAUUUACUAGAGUGAGAAAAUUUGCUGAAGAUUCCAUUUUUGAAAUGGUUGAUCUGAAAAUUAGAGAAUUACUUGAUAUGGUUGAAUACGAUACAUGGAUGCCAGAAGUGGCCAAUGUUGAGGCCAAUUACUCAAUUAAAGAUUUUGCACUUUUCCUUGAAAAUUUAUUUACCUCAAUCUUUGCCAGUUUACCUCUGACAUUUAGAACUUUAGGACUUUUCAGAAGUUAUGAUUUUGUUGCAGAACAUUUCUUGGAAAUUUUAAAGAAUGUCCCACAAUAUAAUCGAAUUGCCAUAGCAAAUUUUGAUUUGGAUAUUCGUCAUUUAGAAGAAUCCAUGAGUAACUUACAUGCUACGACACCAUUGACCGAUGAAGAAGGUGGUGGAUCAGUGGCUUUACAAUCGACAUUUACUGAAUUAAGACAAUGCAUUGAUAUAUUGAAACUAGACAAUUACGAUGAUUAUAUUAAGAACCCCACAUUAAGAAUGCGUCGAUUCGACCGUGUUCGUUUUGAAGAUGGUGUCAAGUUGAUUUCGAAAAUGCAACUUGAAGAAGGUGAUGAUUCCUUUAAUGAUGAUUCUAUUCGUAGCGAGACUGCGUCUCCAGCACGUGCUGGUCUGCCUUCACAACUGAUCCUUUCAACAUCUGCUGCAUCCAAGUUUGCUAAAUUUAGUAGUAAGUUUAGAAAGACUGAUUUAUGA